AUGGUCACGGAUGCGGAGCCGAUAGAGAGGAAAUCGAGCACGGCCUAUAUAUCACACAAGCGAUCAACAACUUCGUUGCCGAUAAUUUAUCUUUUUUAUUUCAUUUCCGGGGUUCACGUACGGGCAGCCAACAGCAGGAACUGUGAAGAAGAGCAGGUAGGAUUGGGGACAAAUUCGAGAGAGCACUCGAGAGCUUUGACUCUCUGUUAUCAGCGCUAUCCUUGUUUCCACCCGCUGGAUCCGAAGAUUUUGAGGCACAACAGGACGGCAUCCCGAAAGCUGUCUGAUGAGAGGACAGGACAAUAUAGCGAAGAAGAGAGCGAAAGAAAGGAUUUAAAUAUCAACCUGGCAAUUAAUCGGGGUUUUGGUCAACUCCCCAUGCGUGGUUUUCGCGGAAUUUCGAUUGAAUAUGACAGCAGUCGCAGCAAAAUAAGCUCUGGGCAAACGAAUUACUCGCUACGUUUCACCAAGGACAAGGCUGCAGAACCCGGAAGCAGCGAGGUGGCUAUUCUUAUAAAGCAGCGAAAAUACCUCAAAGACUGGAAUCUCAGGGAGCUUCCCCUUGACCGAGGCGGGAUAUUUAGCCAAGAUUUUGACUCCAUCUCAUGUGAUUCGCGAAGAGGGGCCGCUGCUCAUGUCAAACAUCGACGUGUCAAAAUCCUAACUCCGUGCUAUACGAUCAUAUCCACAGAGCUCUCUCGACAAGUACUGUACAUUAUGGCGAGCAAACCUCGUCGUCACAACUUCCCCAACAAGGCGCGAGCCUUACUUGAUACCCUAACCAAGUAUGCACCGAAGUGGAUGGUUAAGGGGUUCUGCAAUCCAGUACUCCGUAAUCCUCACAUUUACAUCAUGGGACUUGAAGGGCAAGGACAAAGCUACGGUUACUAUGUAUAA